GGAGUGUACAGUAGCCCCAGCAGCUACUCAAAGAGAUUCACAGCACUGCUCACCCUCCCACAGAGAAGCUUUGCACACUCAGCACUGACUGCACAUCAUGUCUGGGGGUGCUAGGCAGAGGAAUAAAGGGGCAAAUGCUGAGUCUAACUCCCAAGCUGCCACACAUGAAGGGGAAAAGAAGUUCAAGUCCAACAAGGGGGUCUCCUCUUCCUCCUCCCAAAAGACAAGUUCUGGGUUAGCUUGGAAACUUUUCACCCUUGUCUUUUAUAUAGGUCUCAUUGCUGUGUGUGCCUGCACUGGCUGGGUGGUGUACAGUCUGCAGGAUGAACUGAGCCAAAUCGGCAGCAACCUCCGACACAUCUCCCAGCAGAAAGCUGACCUGGCAGAGACCGUGGCCUCCCUGCAAAAACAAGCUAAAGGACUGGAGAACACAGUCAGCCGCCUGGAAUUCAUUUCCAAAGACAUUCAGGAAAAGCAGCAAUCCCAUGAAUCCUCCCUUAAAAAAAGUGAGAAGGAUUUGGAUCAAAUCGGGGCCAUACUGAAAAAAUUUCAGAGAGAAUUCUCCGGCGACAUUCAGGUUGUAAAGGAGCAAAGGGAGACAGACUCAAUCCACUUUGAAAACACUGUUAAGGAGAAAUUCAUGGAGCUCAAUAAUUCCCUGAACGACGGCAUCAAGGAGGUCAUUGAGGUGCAGAAAACAAGUCAGGAGGAAAUCAACAUGUUAAAGGAUAAACUGGCAUCGUUGGCUGAAUUCCAUUUGAUUCAGAGUGAACUCGAGAAUUUAAAACUUUCCAAUUCAGAGCUGCAGUCAUCAAUCUUAUCCAAUGGAGAGUCUGUCCAGUGGUUGAUGACCAAUGCCCAAAAUUUAGAUUCCAUUACAGCCAACACCAACGACAUUCAACUUCUCCGAGACCAACACAGUGACUUGAAGUCAAAUGUGGACGCCCAACUGGCAGCGGUUGAGGAAUUAAAGGCAAAAUUGUCAGACUCUAGCGAACUCCAAACACUGAGUGGAAAGCUGGUGCAACUGGCUUCCACUUUUUCCGAUGUCAAAAGUCAGUUUGAAGCCACCAAAAAUGACUUGCUGAAGGAAUUUGAAAGCAACACUGGCAGCUUGGAAUCAAAGUUAAAACCCAUUGAGCACACUGUGAAUGUAUUAAAUUCUCAGGCAGCUGUCCAGUUUGAAGAUUUAGAUGAUCUAAAAGCAAGUUUAAAGGAGUAUAGUCAGAGGUUGGGACGUGCCGAGGAAGCUCUGGAAGAUGUACAGCAGAAGUCUUUAGGAGAUACAGAUGCUGCAACUGACAAGCUACCCAAUUUAGAGGAAGGACUGAAAACAUUAAAUAUAGAGGUUGCUACUUUGAGGUCAACCGUAGCUGACCUCCCGAAAGACUAUACUGACGUGGAGAAGCUCCAACAUCAGAUUACUAGUGCCUUAGAAGCUCACAAAGAUGAGCUUGAUGGUUUUAGACAAGAGUACAACCAGUGGAGAAGUAGCAUUGAAGAAAACAUCAGCAACAUUGGAUCUUCCAUCCAUCAGCUUAAUGCCGAUGAGUUAAACUUGUCUGUGGCCAAACUGGAGACAGACUUGAAGAUGUUGAGGAUUGCAGUCGACAGUUUGGUGACUUAUUCAGUCAAAAUAGAAACCAACCAAAAUGAGUUGGAAUCUUUGAAGGAUUCACUUCAGGCUCUGAAGGAGAGCACUGAGAUGAUGAUGGUGAAAUUAGAACAAAUUCAGGAGACGGUAUAAAAAUUUUGGGUGCACAUUAGGGUUUUUUUUAUUUGCAUUUGUGUUUAAUAAAGUAUAUGUAUUGG